GACCUCUUCCUCCCUCCCCCACUUCCAUAGCUAAUAAUCCCAUCUCCAAGUAUAAUACAAAAGCCACAAGGGAAAUUUUUUACAACUUUCUUUUCCCAAGUAUUACAAUAAUCAACUGCUAGUACAUUGCAUCCACCACCUGAACGAUUGAAUCUACUGCAAUAUCCCUCUUAAGAUCCAUCUCCUGCGACAAAAUUAAAGAAAACACGAGUACAGAGAGAUGUACCGAUCGUCAAGCUGGAGCAGAGUCCCAGACGAUGACUACAUGCAUGCGCCCCCGCCCAUGGCCUCGACUAUCCUGAGAAUGGCAUCCUACCAGAGCGGAGAGCAGAAUCCUCCCUACGACCCCAUCCCCGAGCCCGCGAGGAAGGAGAAAUCUCGCACAAAGUUUGCUGAAAACGCCGUCCACGUCAUCCCAUUUGUCCUGCUCCUCUGUGCUGCCAUCCUUUGGUUCUUCUCCAACCCAGAUAUUGAUGUGGGAGGGAAGGGAGAUUCAAUUGCAGCUAGGAUUGAAGGGAUGACGAUAGAAGGAGAUGUUGACAGUACCGACAUCGACGGCACUCAAGCUGGCCUCUUACCAUUCCUCGAGUUGGGCGAUGGGGACUCACCCAAACGAACAGCAGAGCGUCAUCAAAAGGUUUCCAGGAAAUCACAGAAUUGAUAAAAAUACGUGAUAUGAUAUGAUAUGAUGGAUGUGGUGGAUGAUAUUCAUGCUAGCAAGAAAAAAAAAAUGCAAUUACGUUACACACAUAUAUAUAUAUAUAUAUUAUCUUCCGAUGGAUAGAAUAAAUUAAUGCGACUGCUAGAGAUUGUUUUCCAUUUCGAUUCUUAGAGAACUGGUGCUCGUUUUUUCUUCUGUCUUACAAUUAAGUGGUAGUUAGGAGUGGAAGUCGAUGGAAUGAUCGAGCUUUAUAUAUAUUAUGUGAUCUCCGAUUAAUUAUUA